AUGCCACAUCAAAGCGACAGUCUACGAUUUUUAUCCAGUGUCACUAGGUACACCAUGUCAAAGUCCAAUGUGGGAGAGGCAUAUUUCAAUUGGAUUACAACCCAAAAGGAAAGAGACUCUGAUCUCAUCAUUAGAUACUUUUCGAAAGAUGAAAAUGGCUAUCUCGAAGAACAACAUAUUUUGUGCAAUCGUUUGAUUUUGCAAGGCAAUCCAACAUUUAGCAGAAUCUUGUCUGUUCAAGCAAUCAGAGAAAAUAGAAUUGAAAUGACUUCAGAAUCUGAUACACCAAUAAUUCAUCCCAAAACGUAUUUAGACAUUCAAGCUCACACAGGAUUUGAGGAUAUUCCGUUCAACAUUCUAUUGGCAUGUGUUCAAUUUUUAUACUCCAACGCAUUUGAGAGCAAAUUAGUGACCACUGAAAAGGAUGCUCUUGAUCUCUAUGAUUAUGCCAACAAAUUCAAACUCAAGCUUUUGUGUGAACUUUUGUGCAAUUGUCCAACAUCUACCUCCUUUGAGAUGUCUGCUGAGGAACAAGAAUUUCUUAACACAAGAGAGGAUUUUGAAAUGUAUAACAGCGGUGAAGAUAACAAGCUUGGAGACAUUGGUAUUGUCAGAAUUGUGGCUCCAGAUUUGUAUUCAAAGAUCAAAGUAGAGAGAGCAAGAUAUAUCAACUCAAUUAAUGCAGCACAAGUAGAAUCUCCAGAAGAACCACCCCAUGAUGAAAUGAUUUUAAACACAGAAGAUCUCUCUAAUGAAGAAGUCAUGGACGACGAAUUUUUGAACAAUCUCGACGAAUAUGGAAAUCAUAGCGAUUGGAUUCAUGACAAGAAGAUUCAAAUUCCUGAAGAUGAACAAAUUGAAUGGAAGUGUAUUUUUGCUCACAAAGGAAUUUUAACAAACAGAUCUGACUUCUUUUCCAGCAUGUUUGAAAUGAACUUUGUUGAGAAUAGAAAUAAUGAGAUUAGAAUUAAUGACACUUCUAUUCAAACCAUUGAAGCAAUAAUUUAUUGGAUGUAUACUGGAAAAUUUCCAAAUGUGCAAUCUGAAAAUGCUAUUGAAUUAUUUGUGGCAUCCUGUCAAUUCAACCUGGCUCCUCUAAAAGAUUGGUCAAGACUGUUUAUUCAAAAAUAUAUUGACUUUGACAAUGUUGUCACAAUUUUGGAAAUGGCAGAAGUUCUCGGAGACGUCGAUUUGAAAUCUUGCUGUGUCUGUUUUAUGGCCAAUAGAUUUGAUAUUAUUUCCAAAGAUCCCAACUUUACUCAACUACCAUUUAACCUACAACUUGAUGUUAAGGCUCUCAACAAUAAGAUUAAGAUCAAAUCCAGGAAGAAGAAGUCUCCACAACCUCCAAGCAAACCUUUACGAUAA